ACUGUCUCUCUCCCUCUCUUCUCUCCUCAGCUAUCUUCCUGGGGUCCUUCAGGAUGCCUUACUGUCUCUCUCCCUCUCUUCUCUUCCUGGGGUCCUUCAGGAUGCCUUACUGUCUCUCUCCCUCUCUUCUCUCCUCAGCUAUCUUCCUGGGGUCCUUCAGGAUGCCUUACUGUCUCUCUCCCUCUCUUCUCUCCUCAGCUAUCUUCCUGGGGUCCUUCAGGAUGCCUUACUGUCUCUCUCCCUCUCCUCAGCUAUCUUCCUGGGGUCCUUCAGGAUGCCUUACCAGGAGAUCAGACGGGCCGUCCUAGAGGUCGACGAGGAACAGCUCACUGAACCCAUGAUACAGAACUUGGUUAAACACCUUCCAGAACAGGAGCAGCUGAAUGCUUUGAUGAAGUUUCAGAAUGACUACAACAGUCUGUCUGAGCCGGAGCAGUUUGGAGUGGUGAUGAGCAGUGUGAAGCGACUGCGGCCCCGUCUCAACUCCAUCCUGUUUAAGCUGCAGUUUGAUGAACAGGUCAACAACCUCCGUCCAGACAUCAUGGCUGUUAACGCAGCCUGUGAAGAGGUGAGGAAGAGCAAGGGGUUCAGCCGGCUGCUGGAGUUGGUUCUUCUGCUGGGCAACUACAUGAACGCAGGCUCUCGUAACGCACAGAGCUACGGCUUUGACCUGGGUUCCCUCUGCAAGCUGAAGGACACGAAGUCAGCUGACCAGAAGUCAACGUUACUCCACUUCCUGGCUGCGGUGUGUGAGGAGGAGUUCCCAGAGGUCACCAAGUUCUCUGACGACCUGCAGCAUGUUGACAGAGCCAGCCGAGUCUCAGCGGAGUCCCUGGAGAAGAACCUAGUUCAGAUGGAGAGACAGCUGGUCCAACUAGAGAGAGAUCUGGACACCUUCUCCUCUCCUGACGACUCUGAAGAUCUCUUCACUGCCAAGAUGUCUAGCUUCUCCACGUCGGCCAGAGAGCAGUACCAGAAGCUGAUGAUCAUGCACAGCAACAUGGGAACCCUCUACCAGAAUAUGCUGGACUACUUCGCCAUGGACUCCAAGAAGACCUCCGUCGAGGAGCUAUUCACAGACCUCAGCAACUUCAGAACCAUGUUCCUGCAAGCGCUGAAGGAGAACGUGAGGAGGAGAGAGGCGGAGGAGAAACAGAGGAGAGCGUGGGUGGCCAAGGAGAAGGCGGAGAGAGAGAAGCAGGAGAGACAGCAACAGAAGAAGAGGAGACUGCUGGAGGUCAACGCAGAGAACAGUGAUGAGACAGGAGUGAUGGAUAGUUUGCUGGAGGCUUUGCAGUCUGGAGCAGCGUUCAGAGACCGACGGAAGAGAGCACCCUGGACCCAGCAUCCCUCACCUCGGGACUCCCCAGCAUCCUCCUCGGGACCCCAGCAUCCUCACCUCGAGAGAUCCCCAGCAUCCUCACCUCCGGAACCCCAGCAUCCUCACCUCGGGAUUCCCAGCAUCCCUCACCUCGGGCCCCCAGCAUCCUCACCUCACCAGCAUCUCACCUGGGACCCCAGCAUCUCACUCGGGGACUCCAGCAUCCUCACCUCGGGGAUCCCCAGCAUCCUCACCUCGGGGACCCCCAGCAUCCUCACCUCGGGGACUCCAGCAUCCUCACCUCGGGGAUCCCCAGCAUCCUCACCUCAGGGACCCCCAGCAUCCUCACCCCUGAGUUACCCUCUGCUGAGCUACCCUCUACCGAGCUACCCUCUGCUGAGCUACCCUCUGCUGAGCUACCUUCUGCUGAGUUACCCUCUGCUGAGCUACCCUCUACCCUCUGCUGAGCUACUCCCUUCUGCCACUCUGCUGAGCUCACCUCAUCUGCCUCUGCUGGGCUACUCCUCUGCCCUCUCUCUGCUGAGCUGCUCCUCUGCUGAGAGCUACCACCUGCGCUGGAGCUGCCUCUCGCUGGGACUGCCUCCUCUGCCCUUCUGCUGA